ACAGCAAAAGUAGUUGUAUAGUUAUAUUUAUAUAUUACAUAUUGUUACCAAUGGUAAGUUUGAAAAGCAAAAGUAAGUGUCCACGAAACACGAGCAGAAUAAUAAUUACGCUCCUCUGAUACAUUGAUACUUAUAGGGGUGUAUAAGAGGGUGCAAACUGUUGAACGAGGGGUGGCAUGGCGCCAGUCGGCCGCGGAUCUCCACCCCUACGGACGUAUCGGUCCAGCCGCGUGUUUCGCGAGAUAACCGCGCGACUAACCGCGCAGUGCGUGCGGCGCUAAGUGACAUCCUGUGGUCACGACCUUUGACGGAAAAACUAUUUAUUUUCCAAAUUAAUCAUUGUAGUUAAAUGCAAAGACGUGAAAUUGUGUUAAUAUAAAUUAUAAAUAACGUGUUGAUUGGUGUUAGUGAGUCAAGUCCAUGGAUUGUUCACGUCAGUCAAAUGGAUUAUCAGUGAGUGUACCUGUCAGUGAGUGUACAUGUCAGUGAGUGUACCCGUCAGUGUGUGCGUGUGAUGUGAUAACACCAGUGCCAGUGCCGCCAUGCCCGGAUGCUGGCAGUGGCCGGAACAUGUCGCCCGCUGGUGGCUAUUCGACGUGUGCAGUCGACGCAUCUUCACCGAUGACGUCGAGUCUCAGAUACCGCAACAGGCAGGAGGCGCGGGCCCCGGCGGGACGACAGGGCCUGGGAGAGCAGCCCGGGCCCGGGCCCUGGAGCUCGCCCAGCAACUCGCCUCGUCCCUUCAGCACGCCAUCCCGCCGCCUCCGCGACCAGACUUCACCACCGCCAGCGCUAUACUACGAUGGCUGCAACAGAACAACAAUUCCGUGGCACUCUUUUCGCGGGGAUGAUUAAAAAGCCUUUUUUUAAAGAUGAACAAAAAAUAUUCCGCCAAACCUCAGCCCCCAAGAGGUAGUGUGUUUAAAUUACAUCCCUUUUCAUAACAAUGGAGGAGGUUUCCGUUUAGAUAACACCGUCUUUUUGAAUAAAUGACUGCUACACGACAAUUUUCUCAA